AUGCCUCUGCAUCUCCUCGGAAAGAAAUCAUGGAACGUCUACAACGCAGAGAACAUAGCCCGAGUGCGACGGGAUGAAGCGCAAGCCAAGGCACAGGAGGAGGAGGAAGAGCGGCGGAUGCAGGAGAUAGAUGCUGAGCGGCGCAUCCAGAUCCUUCGUGGCGAGCGACCGUCAACCCCGCCUCCCCCGCCAUCUGAACCUGCCGCAGAUAAGCGCGAUAGAAGACAGGGCGACGAAGCCAACAGAUACAGAAAGAGGAGACGUAUAGCUGGAGAGAACGACACAGAUCGCGAUAUCAGAUACGCUAAAGAGGAUGCGGCCUUGGCCCUUGCGAAGCGGGAGGAGCUGUUGGGAUUCUCCUCCGGUGACGCUCCACUAGUCGAUAACGCUGGUCAUAUCAAUCUCUUUCCGGAGAAGGCAACGGGGAAGAAGCCUGCAGAGAAGAAUGCGGAGGCCGAAGCGGAAGCUUCAAAAAAGAAGCGCGAGUUCGAAGACCAGUAUACGAUGCGGUUCUCCAACGCAGCUGGGUUCAAGGAGUCUGUGGGCCGGAAUCCGUGGUACUCGUCGUCAUGGAAGGAGGCUGUAGCACCGGAUAGCAUGCCUGAUAAGGACGUCUGGGGCAACGAAGAUCCUAGGAGGAGAGAGCGAGAGAAGGCUCGUGUGGACGCAAACGAUCCAUUGGCUGCGAUGAAGAAGGGUGUUCGUCAAUUGAAGGAGGUGGAGCGUGAAAGAAAGAAAUGGCAAGAGGAGAGGAUCCGCGAGCUGGAGUUACUAAAGAGAGAAGAAGAGAAAAGGGAAAGGAGAAGGAGACCUAGGUCUCGGUCUAGAUCCGUUGACAGUCUAGACGGGUUCAGCCUAGAUGCAACCUUGGACGGAGAGAGAGACCAGAAGCACAGAAGGACACAUUCACACCGUCAUCAUAAUCGCCAUCGGCAUCAUCACCGCCAUGAGAGAUCACCUGAACGGAAAUCGAGACAUUCGCGCUCCCGAAGUCAUCGCGAUGAACAUAAGUCUCGAAGCCAUGCCCGCGACCGUGAACACUCCAUAGAUCGGCACAGAGACACUUUGAGAGACAGAAGAGAUGCCAGAGAACCACUUAAGUCCUAG